UUCAAAAGUAAUUGCCACUGUUCCUGAAAAGAAAAAUAUUCAACCAAUGUGUUCUAUUAGCACUCAACCUGCAAAGUGUAGUGGUAAAACACUACACCUGUUUUGUUGAUCAAAUCUGGCCGUUUCUGUUUGAUGAUAUUACUCAAUUUGUUUAUUCGAUGGCAGUACACUUACAAGAGAUCAAAUGCUCAAGAUGACUCCAAGUACUAUGGAGUGACAAAAUAAUGAAAAAUGGCAUAAAUUGGAAAACCAAAGCAUUGGAUAGAGAAAAAUGGAAGAGAUUACAGGAACCUUCAUCCAGUAGUGGAUUUAUAGUGUGUAAAUCAUCAUUAUCUAUUGGAUUGUUUGGAAAAUAUAGGAAAGCUAUUCCCAAAAGUGUACAUCAAGCCUUAUCUGCACACAAUGCAAUUUGGCAUGGAAUAAGAGCUUUUGGUGUUGUUCAUGGUGACUUGAAAAGGUUGCACCCAAAUGUAAGAUCAUAUAUAGAAGAUAAAGCAAAUCUCUGUCAACCAGAUAAUAUUCAUAUAUGUGAUGGAAGUGAUGCAGAAAAUACUGCACUGCUCAAUAUGAUGCAGAAGCAAGGUAUAAUUGUACCAUUAACAAAAUAUGAAAACUGUUGGUUAGCACGAACAGAUCCUGCUGAUGUUGCUAGAGUAGAAAGUUUGACAUUCAUAUCUACCCCUAAUAAAAGAGAUACCAUUCCAAUUCCUAAAGAAGGAGUUAAAGGGAUGCUUGGAAAUUGGUUAUCACUAAGUGAUUUGGAGAAAGCUUUCAAUGAAAGAUUUCCACAGUGUAUGAAAGGAAGAACAAUGUAUGUUAUUCCAUUCAGCAUGGGACCAAUUGGAUCUCCACUUUCUAAAAUUGGUAUUCAGCUUACUGAUUCACCUUAUGUUGUUGCUUGUAUGCGAAUAAUGACUCGAAUGGGAGAACAAGUAUUAGAAUAUAUAGAUGAUGGUUUCAUUAAGUGCCUGCAUUCUAUUGGACAGCCACUUCCAAUGAAAGUUCCACCUGUUAAUAAUUGGCCAUGUAAUCCUGCCAAGACAAUCAUUGCUCACAUUCCAGAUAAUAAUGAAAUAUGUUCAUUUGGCAGUGGUUAUGGAGGAAAUUCUCUUUUGGGAAAGAAAUGUUUUGCAUUAAGAAUAGGAUCAAUUCUAGCUAAAAGAGAAGGAUGGUUGGCAGAACAUAUGUUGAUUUUAGGUAUAACAAAUCCUAGAGGAGAAAAAAAGUAUAUUGUUGCUGCUUUUCCUAGUGCUUGUGGUAAAACUAAUUUAGCAAUGAUGAAUCCAUCUUUACCUGGUUAUAAAGUGGAAUGUGUUGGUGAUGACAUUUGCUGGAUGAGAUUUGAUGAGAAUGGUCAACUGAGAGCUAUUAAUCCAGAGUAUGGGUUUUUUGGUGUUGCACCAGGUACAUCCAUGAAGACAAAUCCUAAUGCUAUGCUCACUAUUCAAAAAAAUACAAUGUUUACAAAUGUUGCUGAAACUAGUGAUGGUGGCUUUUAUUGGGAAGGAAUGGAAAAUGAAAUACCUUCUGGAGUGAAAAUUAAAUCAUGGCUUGGAGUAGAAAAUUGGACACCAGAGAGUGGGAAACCAGCAGCACAUCCAAAUUCAAGGUUUUGCACUCCAGCAAAGCAGUGUCCUAUUAUGGAUCCUGCAUGGGAAGAUCCAAGAGGAGUACCUGUUGAUGCCAUUGUGUUUGGUGGAAGGAGACCCAAAGGUGUUCCUCUAGUUUAUGAAGCAUUAAAUUGGAAACAUGGUGUUUUUAUGGGAGCUGCAAUGAGAUCAGAAGCAACAGCAGCAGCAGAACAUAAAGGCAAAGUAAUAAUGCAUGAUCCAUUUGCAAUGAGGCCAUUUUUUGGUUACAAUUUUGGUAACUAUUUACAACACUGGCUAGAUUUUGAGAAAAAGCCAAAUUUAAAAUUACCUCACAUAUUCCACGUGAAUUGGUUCAGAAAAUCAGAAGAAGGUAAAUUUAUUUGGCCUGGAUUUGGAGAUAAUGUUAGAGUGCUAGAUUGGAUUUGCCAAAGAGUAGAUGGAAAGGAUGUUGCUCAAAAAACACCUAUCGGCUUUAUUCCAAAAGAAGAAAGUUUGAAUUUAGAAGGAUUGAAAGAUUCUGUUGAUUUAAAAGAACUUUUUCAUCUACCAAAAGAUUUUUGGAUGCAAGAAGCAAGUGAGAUUCAUAAAUAUUUUAGUGAACAAGUAGGUAGUGAUUUACCUGAAGAAAUUGCAAGAGAACUGUCAGAACUCAGAAGCCGCAUAGAGAGAAUGUGAAUUGAUGCAAAGUAGACUAUCCAAAUUCUCAUAGAAUUUCAUAGUGCUCACGGUUGGGAUCUUGUUUAAAAAUUCCAAAUGCAAUUAUAUUCUAUAUAUUUGCAAUUUAUACAAUUUUUAUUUAUUUAUUUCACUAUCAUGCAAAAGAAAUUUAAAUACUUAUUGGUUAUUUAUUUUUUAUAAAAAUUUUUUGUUAUUCGUACAUAGUACUUAUUGUAAAGGGCCAAAUUUUAAUCGCAAUUUCUAACACAUUGUCUAUAUUGGACCACCUGCACACAAAUUUUAUAAUGCCAUGCCAUUCAAAAAUUAAUAUUUUGCAUUUUGAAGCUUUUAAUUCCACAUAGUACUUACAUACUAAUGUAAAUAUUUUAAGUUCUAUGAGAAAUUCUUUCAGAUGAUUUUAAACUGCCUAGUCUAAAAACAAAGAAGAAAGAAUUCAUUAUAAUUGUUACUACAGAUGUAUUUAUGUACAUUUUAUAAAUGUUGUCAGAGAAAUAUAUGAAAGGUAUUAAAUAAUAUAUGUGGUAUUUUUAAAUAA